AGUGUCCCACUGAGAGAAGCCUCGCCAGGGCUCCAGCGCUCCAAAUCGCCUCAAAUCCCAGCGCCACGGGUUGGCUGAGAGUGUACGGGCGUGUGGCCCGAGAGGUUCCCGCCUUCUGUGGUACUUCUGUCAGGUUCCUGUUCCCACCGGGCAGUGACACACACACACCCGCCAUUGGCUGCCACUCCAUGUUAAGGCAAAGCUUGCGUCUACGCCCACCUUCCCGUCCUUUACAGGUAUUAAUGAAGCGCGCCUGCGCCGAUACCUCAGUUCUUCAUCAUGAUCACUGCCUCUUCGUUCCUUAUCUCGCGCCAGCGGCAACCUCAACGUCAUUCCUCCCAACCCAAGCAGGAACUCGAUAAACAAACAACAAAACCUCCACAUAUGCAUCUUCGCCCACCACUCUCGAAACUCGACCACUUCACAAUUGACCCAAUUGUGGCAACUCCUAUCAAGACAUCGGCACCAUCUCCUUCUUGGCACCCAGAAGCAGGAUCCCUUCGUGUUAAGGAUGCCCAGGAAACACCACGCAGAUACGUUAACACCGACAACAACACUACGAAACCCGUUAUUGAAAUGCCUUCUACCGCUUCCUACGUCCAGGCAAUGCCCUCAAGCCCUGUUCAGAUUCCCGUGAGGCCGAGGUCGCGCGACGCUGCCCACCAGCAGAAGCAGCGUCGCCACCAUGUUGACCGGAAACAUUACUCGUCGCCCCGUCCCAGGGAUGUGCACUCCCCCGAUGCUAUUCCACCCUCGGUGGCCGCCCUACUUGCCAUGACGAGCAUCCCAAAACCAAGGGCUGCCCGAAGCGCUCGUCAGGCCAAGACUCUUCGGGAGAGGAGGAUGACAGUUGAUGCCAUCAUUGCCCAGUCAAAUGAGUCUGAGAAAGAAUUCAGUCUUUCCUUGGGUAACAAAGGCCCUUUGGACCUGCUUCUGACACCACCUGAGCUCCUGGAAGACGAUGAUUCUUCCUCUAUCAGCGAUAGCAACAUCGGGUCUUUACUCUCGUCCAGGACUCUCUCUUCAGACUCGACGCCAUCGCUCAGCGAUUCUUUCGACACCGAUACGCUUUCGUCAAUGGAAACAUCCCCUGCACCGCACAGGAGACGCAAGAUCCACCCAACCAGACGGUCGUUGGAGCCCGUAUCAUCCCCCACGGGAGAACUGGAGGGCCACCCAUUAUCAUCUCCCGAGAUUGUGGAUGACGAGCUGGAUUUCCGCGUUUUUAAGGACAAGCGCGAAGAGGUGGAGGAAAAGAAGCACUCCAGGCUCGGUUUCAGACCCUUCAAGUCGGUAUUCAAGUCGAACCUUACUGCGUCAUUGCGCGCGCUCCGUCAAGCUGCCAAGUCCUUUUCGACGCUCAACUUCCCGUCCAUUCCCCCAGAGGACUUCCUUACCCGAUCGAUCUUGACACUCGACCCACAAGUCCCCUUUACCGAUGAACGCAGGCCUCCGCUGCUCGAAGAGGAGCCGACAGCCGCUCUGCGUCGCUACCUUAACCCGACUACGACGGUCCGGCUGGAGCAGCCUUGCUCUGCCACCCAAGCGCCAACUACCAAAGUGUUCACGGCGUCUAUUCAGAUGCAGACGUAUAGGGUCCAGCGAGCCCGGGGCUCCUCUGCUUCCUCCGGUCGGAUUCCUUGCCCAUCUGUCGGUCUCUCAUCCACGUCGCAAGCGCAGCAACCUUCCAACGCCAAAUCCGAGUAUCCUAUGCCUGGACCAAGACAGCGCGAGAUGCGCGAGAACUCUGAUUUCAUCCGCAUUGCGGUUAUGGAGAUGGCCAUGCGGAAAUGCGGCAAGCUUGAUGAUCAGAAGCCAGGCCGAGCUCGGUGGGCGCUUCCUCCCCGUAAGACGAGCACGAAGCCGUAUGUGGUCGGCGCUGACGGGGUGCCUGCUCGAUGGGUCGCCGUCACUUACACGUGCUAGCUACAUAGCUGGCGCGUCUUAAAGAUCCACCAACACCAGACCCCGACGCAUAAAACAUGUCUGGCUCGAACGGGAACCAAUGCUCUCCGCAUUUGGUCCCAAGGAGCUAAGAGCAACCUUUUACGUCACAUUUUGCCGAACCCCUUCGUCCCGACUGACAAAGUCUUACUGCCAUGCACGUUUCUGCAGCGCUGUCGGCCACCUAUGUCCUGCACCUAGUAGGGGUAUGGUCAUUGCUCGAUAUCCACCGGCUCACAGCGAAAUUGGCGGGCACUAUUUACCGCAAUUGAAGUUGGAUAGAAAUUCUCCCCAUUGGCUGCUUGGGUUUUCCUUUUCGG